AUGGCCGACAUGAGUGAACGAGGCUCCUCCCCUGCAACGGCCUCUCCACUCUCAGAUUCAGAGUAUGACUCGCCAUCGUAUGCUGGACAGACGAAUGGCCCCCUACCGUCUAUCUCACGUCCAAAUUCCCCCGAUUCGUCGCAUCCAGGGGACGAGCCACCCAUCGUAGAGGACAGCGUUACAUGUGAGUGGGAUGGCUGCGGCAAGGUGUACACCCACCUGCCAACACUCAUCGAUCAUAUCCACAACGACCACAUCGGAGUCCACAAAUCGAGCUACUCUUGCGAAUGGGCAUCCUGUACGCGGCGGGGAUUAGCGCAGACCUCCAGGUUUGCCCUUAUAUCGCAUAUUCGGUCGCACACUGGCGAGAAACCUUUCAUCUGCAGUUUACCAGAAUGCGAUAAAUCCUUCACGCGAUCCGAUGCACUAGCUAAGCACAUGCGUUUGCAACACAAUAUCUCGCCGCCAGCCCCUGGGCGUGGAGCAUCACGCAAGCGCAAACGAAAUGGCGGAGAGGACGUGAAUUCGUCAGCCCGACCGCCGGAUACGCCCAACCAUGAAGGUAGCCAACGGUGGUCUCGACACCAACCACCCGACGCAGCGUCUGGUUUCAGUCAGUUCAAAGUCGAACCACACACGCCGUCAGAAUUGGAUAGUGCAGCGCUGCAGGAAGGAGAGGCGGGGAACUACUUUGGGUCGAAAGGCAACGGCAAUACAACCAACGGCACAUCUUUUGCCCAACCGCAGCCAAAACAUGGUUCGAUGUUCACGCGUAAUUCUCCCCCUCCCCCUUUCUCCUCCGCUCAAUCUAAUAUUCGCCCGCCUUCCCCUCCAUCCGUCUUCGAUCUCCUACCUCAGCGAUUUGUCGACCAAUAUGACGAAGCGACAGAUACUAUCAUGGGACGUACGCCGUAUCAGGUUUUGUACUUGUUAACCAAAGCGAAGUAUAAGUAUGCCCGCGAUCAACAGGAAGAAUUGGCGGCAGAGCUGGCGAACGCAGAGAUUGAGAUGAGUAGGUUAACUGGGGACAAGGAGAGGCUGGUGGAUGAUGUGCUCAGAGCGCUUGGAGGGCCGGAAGCUGAAAAGUUCAUUCAACCGAUCCCGCCUCCAGAUGCUGGUGUUGACAUGAGGCGGGAAGGGUCACUCCCCGUACAUGAAGCAAGGAUACAUAUGGGUGCCAAUGGCAAUGGUUAUUGA